AUGACAACCCACUCCAGUACUCUUGCCUGGAAAAUACCAUGGACAGAGGAGCAUGGAACCCUCAAUUUUCUCUCCUGCCAAUGUUUGAGGUCAUUCUGCCACACAGAAAGUCAAAGCUACUGUGACAAUUCAGAAACAAUUACCACUUGCAAGUACUGCACAGCUGAAACCAUGAUAAGCACUAGCAAUACAAACUCUUGCAACAAUUGUGUUAGUUUAUCACAAACCCUGGCAGACAUUAAUAAAUUGUUGUUGAAUCAAUUAUUCAAUUUUAUCACUAAAUACAUUGAACAGAAGAGCAUAAAGAGUCUAAAUGGAUCAUGCCAACAUUUGACCAGACACAAACAAGUUGUAGAUCAUUUAGUCAAGUUCAUAAAGAGAAGAGGACUUUUAUAA